UCAUCAUUAUUGAGAAAUCAACAAAGUGUACGUUCAAGUUCUGUGAUUGUGAAAAGCGAAUAUACAGACCAAAUUUAUCCUUUUGGUGGUUGGAUUUGAUUGUUUUCAGGGAAGAUGGACGAGGACGAUGUAUUGACAACACUAAAGAUUCUUAUUAUCGGAGAGAGUGGUGUAGGAAAAUCGAGCUUGCUACUGAGGUUUACGGAUGACACUUUUGAUCCAGAGCAGUCUGCAACCAUUGGUGUUGACUUCAAAGUGAAGACAUUGUCAGUCGAUGGAAACACGGCCAAACUAGCAAUAUGGGACACAGCCGGUCAAGAGAGAUUUCGGACAUUAACGCCAAGCUACUACCGGGGUGCACAGGGUGUUAUAUUAGUGUAUGAUGUCAGCAAUCAGACCAGCUUCCAGCAGCUAGACCAGUGGUUGAACGAGCUGGACACGUAUUCCACAAAGGGCGACAUCGUCAAGAUGCUCAUAGGCAACAAGAUCGACAAGGACAAGAGGGAAGUCACUCGAGACCAGGGGCUGAGGUUUGCCAGGAAACACACCAUGCUCUUCAUCGAAUGCAGCGCCAAGACGAAAGACGGAGUCCAGUGUGCCUUCGAAGAACUCGUAGAAAAGAUCAUCCAAACGCCGGGUCUCUGGGAGAACGAUACCAAAUCCAGAGGGGUCUCGUUAGUCGGGGGCAAAGCCGGGGCCGCAGGGCAGGGCUGCAGUGGCUACUGCAGUGUUAUAUGAGACACUGACAUCACCUUCAAAGACUCUACAUCUCUGAUUUAAUAGACGGAAUCAAAGAGGGCGCUAUUGCCUGGAAUCGCUGGCUUAUGCAUUCGUGGAAAUGCAUGCAAAAUUGUGGAAAUCAUUGAAAAACUUACGGAAACCCUGGUCAAAAUGCAGGACAUCGCUGGAAACUCCUGGAAAUGCAUGGUAAAAUUUUAAGAACUUUCUGGAAUGAAGUCGGUCAGUUGUCGUGGAAAUGUUCUGGAUCUCUUGGAUGUACUGUUGAAUCUCUGGAAGGGUUGUUGAAAUUCUGGGGGGAAAAACCCGAAAAUGCUAGUGCAAAAUUAAGAUCUGGACUUUUUUUUUGUAAACAGUCGGUAAUAAAGGUGCAUAACUGGCCAUUGUUUUUGUUUAAAACACACUGAUUUGAGACUUGCAUUAAGUUUUCUAUUUUAAACAAAUACACUUUCAGUGUUUACGUUAAGAGAAUAUUUGUGUUUAGGAGAUGCAAUACAUAUAGGUCUGGCAGAUUAACACAGUGCAAGAUUAUGGAAAGAAAUUGCAC